GGCGCGCUGCGGCGGUGGCGACCGCUGCUUUCCAGCCGAAGUCCGCGGGCCUCUCGCCUCGGAGGCCGGCGGGACGGACGCGCUUAUUUCUACCUGAUGGCCGCGGCGUGGCAGUUGUCGAUGUAGUGCCCCGACCGAUCAGGGAAGGCCGAAUGACGCCGGGAGUACCCAAAGACAUCGACACAGAACUCCAAAGGGUUCCAGACAGCAGUGCGAGAUGACAAAGAGCAGCCUAGGAGGCCAGUGCGACAGGCACUUCACCGAGAGUCCUCCAAUUCGAUGACCAUGGAGACCAACCGCACGGCUUGCAGCCCUGCAAAGUACAGGGUCAGCAGUAUCGUCUGGGUGGCCGGCAUCCAGUGCAGCCUCGCAGUGGUAGCUCUCCUCGGGAACCUUCUGGUCAUCGUGUCCGUGUGCCGGUGCGCCCGCCUUCGCACGAUCACCAACUACUUCGUGCUGAGUCUCGCCUGCGCGGACCUACUGGUCGCACUCAACGUACCAUUCUACGAUGCUUUCUACUUUUUCGAGGAUCUGUCGUGCCACCGGAGGCUUUGCAUGUUCCGCUACUGGUUCGCUACGUACUCGACCGCCUGUUCCUCCUUCAGUCAUCUGGGCGUCGCCGUUGACCGGUACGUGUCCGUGGUGCACGGUAUAUCGUACCACCGCCUCAUGCGAUACCGGCUCGCCACUGGCUACAUUGUCUGCGUGUGGAUCUCGUGCCUGUUGUACAGCCUCUUGCCGUACAUGGGCAUCGGUGACAACAAGGACUACCCGUUUGCCCUGGACGUCGUUCAUGUCGUGUGCGAUCUGACUUACGUCUACACCCGCAUCUACAUCCUUGUGACUGUGGGCAUCUCGACGGUCGGCACGACCCUGACUCUGGUGUUGUACUUCUUCGUGUUUCGUGCCUCGUGGAAACACUUGAAAGCGGUCGCGUCCACCAGCGACGUUCACCAACGAGUGAGACAGGAGGCCCGCACCGCGUGCACCAUGGCGCUGGUGUUGGCUGUGUGCAUACUGGGAGUCCUUCCCUACUCCGUCAUCGUCCUCAUCCCUUUCUUCACCGACGUGAGCACCAGCCUGCAGGUCCACGUAAAGCCAUACGUGAUCUGUCUGUUUUUCGGCAAGUCAUCUCUGAACCCCGUCAUAUAUGGAUGGAAGGCUAAGGACUUGAGGGCCGCAUUCCGCGACAUUUUGUGCCCACGAAAAUCGAACUGGUGCGAGACCAACGUGAGCGCAACCUUCGCGUGACGAGUUGUUGAAGUCGUUUUUGCAAAGGAACGAGGAAGGUCACAAGGACAGUGUUCUUUUUCAGUGAUCUGAAGCCCUUCAUGUGGAUAUAGUGUCGUUUUGAGUACAGCCCUGUAAAAACGCACUCAUGCACGAUAUGAAAGAGAACACCAAAUUUGCAUUCAUCGAUGAAAAAAAGGUCUUACCAGCCAAACUGGGUUACUGUCGACUGGCAAGACAAUAGAAACUGGCUUGUGUUGCAGUUUGUAAGGUUUGAACUGAUUACAAAUGGCAAUGGUAAUGGAGCGAUAAUGUAAUUAGAUUCGUAAAUUCUAGUUAAGUACAUUUGGAUUAUACUCAUCCGAUGAAAGUUCGAAUAUCACGUGUGAACAUUUACAGAUAACAUUUCUCUAUUGAUCCGAGAACAUCAUAGAUCACUUCUCUAUUCGACGAAGAUGUAAAACCUAUUUUUUUUUGCAAACAGUGGGUUUACCGCGUCAUAUUGCACAUCACGUACCGUACAGUAAGACACUGUGACCCAUUAAAACCUGCAAACGACGGCCAUAGUCACGUAAAGCGAAUGGUUACAUAACAUCAUCAUUGAGAUCUGAGUCAUCUACUAUAGAGCCUCAAUGGAGAAGAAACGAGAUUAAAGGAACGAUCUCACUCCAUUAAAACCUGUAGUGUUUUACUUGCAACCGUAUCGUUUGUCGAUUGUACCUUGGACCAAAAUAAAGUACGUCUAUUUAUUAACUGCUCAAAAGCGGUUCAGUGCUUUUUCUGAGUGCUCAAGAGAAAAAGAUAGCCUUAUUCAAGUAAAAAGUACCGUCAUGCAUGCCUGAGGAACUCCCGCGAUCGCUCCAAACCAACUGUGCCCCGCGAACGUAACUUGGCUGGAUAGACAAGUGGUUGUGAAUGCCUGAGCAGAGACGAGGCCAGGAGUACGUAAAAAAAUUCGUCGACCCUUCCACUCCGUGAAGAUGGUUAACCAGCGAAGCUGAAACGUGCGGCCUCGGUGCUUAUCAUUGGGUUAAUCCCGAGGGUUCAUUAAAGUAUUUCUCAAUUAUGAGGUUACAUACACGUUCGGCUGCGACGGAGAGAAUGACGUCCCUGACGAUAUGCCCGCAGUCCGUCGUUGUCGCUUGCGUUCGAUGUCUCGAGUUUGCUCGGCGGCGUGGUUAGCAGCAUUCACCCGCCAUUGCCACUUGCGAUUCCUUGAAAUUAAAUUGCUUCAAAAUUAAAUCUGUCCGUUACGUAAGACAAUCAAUGGCUCAUACCCCCUUAAGCAAUGGCUCACAUCCCCGUAAACGCGGCCUCCCCAAUACGACGACAGAAGUGAAAUUCUACGUUCGAGUGAUGAGCGGCAAUGCAGCCAGCUGUGGAAGCCGACGACGACGACAAACGCGGGAGCAGUGGCACGAGCGCGUGCCGAGCACGAGCCAACGAGCCAGCUGCGGAAGAAGACGACGACGCUCAAGCCAAUGCUGCUGAUGAUAGUUUUCUGUGGACGGGCGAUUUCGCCUAGCCAUAUAUAAAUCUUCGCUUUAAAAAGUUUUAGUGAAUAAUAUCAGCAAGUAAAAAAUUGGGAGGACGCUUAAGCUUCGUAUUUAAGAGUGGAACGCGAUAGCAUUCAAAGAUCCCUGACUGCUUCUCACGCUUCCCGACUACUGCAGCUUAAGCAACCGGGCGGCGAACGCUUUGCACGAAGGCGAGCUUUCUAGUGGAAA